GACUGGGGGAGUUGACGUGACGUGAAGCAGCAGCAACUGCAAAACAAAAUUCUGUUUUGGCUUGUUCAAUAACUUCAGGGCUCGUCUUACAUUUUAAGUUGUGUUUGUAAGUAAGUGUUUAACUUUAUUGUACUUUCCUUAUAACAUAAGCUAUUUUAACGGAAUUGUAGGAUCGAGACUGCACGACACCGUGCAACUCUUAAAUAUUUCUACAAGCAAGAAUUUAUUGACAACAUGAGGGGGAGUUCGUCGUAUGGAGACCGAGAUAGAGACCGUGGACGAGACAGAGGGCCUCGGUUUGGGUCCAGUAGCUGGGGCGGCCCUCCACCUAUGAAGAAGUUUGGAAACCCUGGAGAACGCCUUCGCAAGAAGAAGUGGGAUCUGGAUGAGCUGCCCAAGUUUGAGAAGAACUUCUACAAUGAGCACCCAGAGCUCCAGCGCAUGACUCAGUAUGACAUAGAUGAGUUCCGCAGGAGGAAGGAGAUCACAGUCAGCAGUACUGGCUGCCCCAGGGCCAUCACCAGCUUCCACCAAGCACAGUUUCCCCAGUAUGUAAUGGAUGUGCUACUGAGUCAGAACUUCAAGGAGCCCACAUCCAUCCAGUCACAGGGCUUCCCUCUGGCCCUGAGUGGCAGGGACAUGGUGGGCAUCGCUCAGACUGGCUCCGGCAAGACCCUGGCAUAUCUGCUUCCUGCCAUUGUGCACAUCAACCAUCAGCCCUAUCUAGAGAGGGGAGACGGACCUAUUUGCCUGGUUCUGGCCCCGACCAGAGAGUUGGCCCAGCAGGUGCAGCAGGUGGCUCAUGAUUAUGGAAAGACCUCCCGUAUCAAGAGUACCUGUGUCUAUGGAGGAGCACCCAAGGGACCGCAGAUACGUGACCUGGAGAGAGGUACAGAGAUCUGCAUCGCCACCCCGGGGCGUCUCAUAGACUUCCUGGAGGCAGGGAAGACCAACCUGCGGCGCUGCACCUACCUGGUGCUGGACGAGGCUGACCGCAUGCUGGACAUGGGCUUCGAACCACAGAUACGCAAGAUCGUGGACCAGAUCCGGCCGGACCGCCAGACUCUGAUGUGGAGUGCCACCUGGCCCAAGGACGUGCGUCGGCUGGCAGAGGACUUCCUGCGGGAUUAUGUCCAGAUCAACGUAGGCGCUCUGGAGCUCAGCGCCAACCACAACAUCCUGCAGAUAGUAGACGUCUGCAUGGAGAACGAGAAGGACAACAAGCUGCUCCAGCUGAUGGAAGAGAUCAUGGCUGAGAAGGAGAACAAGACCAUCAUCUUUGUGGAGACAAAGAAGCGCUGUGACGAGCUCACCCGCAGGAUGAGAAGAGAUGGGUGGCCAGCCAUGUGUAUCCAUGGGGACAAGAGCCAGCCAGAGAGAGACUGGGUUCUGACAGAAUUCCGUAGCGGCAAAGCUCCUAUCCUCAUCGCCACUGAUGUGGCGUCUCGUGGUCUGGACGUGGAGGAUAUCAAGUUUGUCAUCAACUACGACUACCCCAACUCGUCUGAGGACUAUGUGCACAGGAUCGGCCGUACAGCCCGCAGCACCAACAAGGGCACGGCCUACACCUUCUUCACCCCGGGUAACCUGCGCCAGGCCAGGGACCUGGUCCGAGUCCUGGAGGAGGCCCGGCAGGCCAUCAAUCCCAAACUGCUGCAGCUGGUUAACUCUGGACAUGGGGGAGGAGGGGGUGGCAGGAUGCGUUACCGUGGCGGCGGCUCCAGCGCCAACAACCCCAACAUGAUGUUCCAGGACGUGUGUGAGAGUCGCCUGCGCUCCGUCAGCGGGGGCAACAAGCCAGACAGCCGCGGCAGCAGCUUUAGCCGGGACGGGCGCAGUGGCGGGGGUCGGGACGGAGACACUAGGUCCUCAUCCUCUUCCUCUUACAGGGACCGAAGCAGGGUCAGCCGGGGAAGUUACGGCUCCGGGGGGGCCGAUCAGUACCAGAGCUAUGGUACCCAGUACAGCUCCAGGGCUGGGGGGGCAGCUAAUGGGGCCCCUAGGGGUAGUAGUGGUGGGGGGCAGAAUCAGUCCAGUCAGCCCCAGGGUGUGUUCGGUCCAGCUCCUCCACCUCCAGCAGGGCCCAAGCCCCUCAUGGCCCAGCUGAUGGCCCCGCCACAGCCCCCUCUCAUGGGCUUCAUAGGGCAGCCUCCGUACCCCUUUGCUCCCCCCCCGCCUCCUACACCCCCACCCAGGAAGUAGAAUUACUAUACAGUCAUGGUGCUUGGAAUCCAAAUCACCAUGGUUCUUCAAACCCUAGUGUUUAUCAGUGUGUAACUGUAACGUUACUCUGAAAGGGUGUUUAGAGUUGCCGUCCUGCCCUUACCUACCAUGGUAAGAAGGCAAAAGUCAAGAGAUUUGAGGAGGUAAGGGCUAACAUAUAGCUACAUAUUUUUGUACUGUUUUGUUUCGCGAUGAUUUUAACAUCUGAAAAUAUAUAGUACUCAUGCAUGAUACACUUCUCAUGUGUUCAAGAGUAGUCCGUGCGUUGCCAGAAUAUGGUAUUCUGUGAAUCUGAAGCUGUGACUCUUUGGUAUUAAUUGGCACGACAGGAGUUGAUAUUUGCAUUUGCGAUUUACUCUAAAUGGUGAGGUUCUAGUCCUUUAGUGAGUAACAAAUGCUAAAAUGUGCUAUGUUUUUGUUGCCAUGUAGAACUCCAGUGAUUUUGUCAGUCAGCUAUGCUUUCUACUUCUCUUUUGGGGAAGUGAAUGUUGCAUUAUGUCCUUCUCUAUUAUCCUAUUCUUAAUAUGUAUAUUCAUUUGAUACUGCAGUCAGCUUUUUAUAGAAACUGUUUAUAAACUACAUAAGCUGUAUGGCUAUGCCAUUUUCUUCAGAUUCAUAUUAGAACUAUAUCAGGACAAUUUGGGAAUGAAAAUCAGACACUUGUCAUAAUCCUGCACAUUGAGUGUUGCUUUGUGAAUGUUUAAUCAACAUUUAUUGGUAAGAGGUAAUUCAUACUUAUGUUAUUUUUCUACUAUGCUUUAUUUCACAGGAUUUCAAUAAAGUUUCUGAAACCAAAAUCCUUGUAAUUGUUGUAUG